UUGAGCACUUUUUGAGCACUUUUUAGCCAUUUUUGCCAGCACUUUUUUAGGAUUUUAUAAGCGCAAUCGGGAAAGGCCUAGUGGAUGAUGCAAUUUAUUAGUUUCUGUAAUACCUAUCCAUUGGAUAGUGAUUUAUCCGUUGGAUAGCACUAUCCACCUUUAGAACAACCUAGAACAACCCUUGGCCAGGUCAAUAAAUGUCAUUUUCUUAUUCAAUGUUAAGUCUAGGUGAACUGCACAGGGUAACCAGUGCUUCUAAUCUUAAGAAAGUUCUGGCUGGCUGAAUGAGGAAUCCUUUUUGUCUGGUCAGAUCAGUACCUACUUACUGUGAUGCCUUAUUGUUUCAAGACUUCAUUAAAGUGUGUGUUGAAUACGCCAUUGCAUUAUCAAUUAGCUGACGAAUGUUCAGAUCAUUAUUCGCAAUACAGACCAUUCUUUGGUCAUAUUCAGUUAGCUGUAGAUUGCACUAAAAAUUAGUAUUCAUUUUGCAGUGUAACUUUGUAGUUAGAACUGUUAGGACGCUGAAUAACUUUGCUCGUCAAAAGUUGUCUUGUCAGGAUAUUUCUUCAUGCUGGAAGCAGGAAGUACCUGAGGAAACAGUGUGAGAUGCUACAAAGAAAUAUUUCAGUUGCUCAAUUCAGUAGGACUGAAUUUUAGCUGUCCACUUGAGUUGCACUAUCCUAAGAUACUCAAGGAUACAGCCAAAAAUAUUCAGGCUAUACAAUAAUUAUUUUUUAGUCUUCUUGGCCAAGAAUUGGGAUUCGCUGUGCAGAAUGACAGUUGAUACUUAGUAGGUAGCAUAGAAUGAUUUCAUGUUACAGAGAAAUGAUUUAGUCAUUCAUUAAUGUCUCAUUUAGGAGCAAUUUGUGGAAUUUGGUGGAACAUUGCAUGAUGCAGAGAAGGUGUUGGAUAUUCAGCCUGGUUCUAUUAUCAGCAUAAAGACAAACAAAAAUUCAUACAGGGCAAAACGUGUCAUUAUAACAGCAGGUGAGAUGAUCACUACAUAACUAACUAGGUCUCUCAUGUUCACAGUGCAAUGUGUAUGUAUAUAUCGUUGUACACUCUUUUCAGUUUAAUUUGAAUUACCUGGAAGUGGUUUGGCUUUGCAGAACCCACUCCCUUAGGGCUUUCGAUUUUUGUUUCUAUUUUGCGUUGUUUGAGCUAUUUUAACGUUAACAUCGAAUGUUUCCUCAUCAACUCCGGUAUCCCAUUGUGAUGUAAUAAGCUGAUUGGUUUUCGCUCAUUUUGUGUCAUUGCAAAUUUGUGACGAUUGGAGUCAAUGAAUAUUUUUUGCCUAAAUGACGUCAUGUGCCGUGCCUUAUGACAUCAUUUAUCAUCCUUUCCCUAUCAAUUAUCAAUAUUUGAAGACUUGGGGGGUUGACAGCCCUGAUUGAAAGGGGUUACUAUUGAAUUCACAAAUUUAUCUCAAUGAUAAUCUUUUCAAGUGGGAUAUACAAUAAAUAAAACUUCCAUAUUAAUUCAGCAGUUUUAACUGUUUUAUAAUUAAAACUGUAAAACAUGGUGUCCUUUGAGAGACCUUCCCUGUGAUCAAUGUUUGGUGGCAAAUCAUAGAUAGGUAAUUAUAUAACGUCUUUAUUUAAAGAGGGUAAACAGGUGACAGUUAUGAUAAAACUGGUAAACUUGUGACCCUCGAUGCUUAUUGAUUUGUAAGGUUCUCUUUUGAUAUUUUUUGAGUAGAGUGUGUUAAUAGAAGUUUGGUUUGUUGAGAAGAAACAAGUGGUUCUUUUCCUCUCUAGGUCCUUGGACAAACAAUGUCCUUAGACCCCUUGGUAUACAAAUACCUCUGACUGUAAGUUUAUAUUCUGACUGUAACAGUAAAAUAAUUUUACUGCUAUUAAUUAAAUUAUAAUUACCGAUAUUAUAACAUAUGGAAUAAAUCUUUCCUUAAUUCUUGCCACAACUUUUUUAUAAGACCUGUUUCCAAUCUAACUCAAUUUUGUUUGGACCAAGUCUGUGCAGCACAGUUUGUUCACAGGCUACCCACUUUGGUAUUCCUGUUCCAGUAUUAAUUCUUACCUCUUCCUGUCCCCAAUAGCCUGAGAAAACAGCCGACAUUUCGUGACGUCACCACUGGUUUCCCCGCGAAAUGACGUCUGAGAUUCGAGCAUCACUACCCAGAUCUGGGUAGUAAUCAUAGACACUAUCCAGAUUUUAGUGGUGAACGUCAUUAGUAUGGAAUUUCUGCAGUCGUUACUCAGACGUCAUUUUGCAGGGAAACCAUUGGUGGCACUGGCGUGCACCGAACUCCGAUGUAAUUAGUUUCCGCUAGCAGAAAUCGUGCGAAAUUUUGUUUUAUUAGUUUUUUGGAUGGAUUUCACUUCCUCUGCAGUAACUAUCACGAGCUAACGUUGAUUAUUUCUAGUGUACCAGUAAAAACUGCAUCAACCUACAAGUCUCUCACCACCGGACAACCAAAAAGUGGGGUCGAUUAUUUCCUUGACGGGUCGUCACCACCCGAACGGGUCGUCACGAUUCGUCACCACCUUUCGACCCCCUUUCACAAACUACUAGCCUACGUAGCAAGCGUUUCCGUACGGUUUAGGAGCAAAGAACGAGAAACGAGAGUCAAAGACUGCACGAAAAAUGGGGCAAGUAAAAGAGCAGGCUCUCGUUUCAUUUCUCGCGCGGCCAAAACCGAGAAUUCCGUUCCUCUGUCUUUCUUUGCUCCGAAACCAAACGGAAACGCUUGCUACGCAGGCUAACAACCUGCAAGUCGUGAAAAUUUUCUAAGUCUCUCACCACCCGACAACCAGAAAGUCGCGUCGACUAUUUCCCUUGACGGGUCGUCACUGCCCUUUUCCCUUUAAAUCCACGACCUGACUUCUGGUAGACGGGUCGACUUGAACGUCAUACGACCCGACUCAGUUCUUGUGUAUUGGACAACCCUCCCUUCCAAAAAAAAUUUGUUAUGAUCGGUGUUACAUAAUACAAAACCCACUGAAAUAAAAUUUUCAAAAAUUUGCAGAAAAUGCUUCUGAUGCGACCCACCCCCUUUAACAAUCUGCUCUAUUGUUGUUUUGGCCAAUGGGCCUGUGAAUUAGCCUCCCCGCAGACGUCCUUUGGGGUUCGUUUGUCACGCAUUCAUUUGACGUCUGCGGGGAGGCUACCUGUGAAUGGGCCAUGUCCGUGUUCCCUCAGGCCUCGGUAUCAAAACGAUGUUAAGUGCGCAGCCUUUGAUAUGGAAAUGAUUUUGCAUUCUCAUGCAAAUAAAACUCAUUUUCACAAGAAAAGCUGUGAACUUUGCCUCAUUUUGAAAGUGAGGAUUUUUGGAACUCGGUCAGGUGGUUUAUUAUUUGGAAGCUUUAACAACGACGACGGCGACGGCAACAAAAACUUCAAAAAAGUAACAAUUUGCACAUGCGUCACACUCUUUUGUACUUUUCUUUGCCGUCACUGCUCUCUCCAACACGAUUUUUUCUUUCUCUUAUCCGUCUAAACUGAAGUGCGGUCUUGAAGAAAUCAGCUCCAGGAAAAUUCGCCUUUAUUUGACAUGAUUUUCAGCGAAUGAGAAUAAACGCGACAAAGUUGAAAAACACUCAGCGAACUCAUUUUAAAAGUGAUGUUUUCGUUACCGUCACCCUCGUGGAUGCUAAAGCUUCCUGUUAUCCCAGCAAGGAAGUAAAUACAGCAUGUUUAACAAUGUGAUCUUAUUAACUUGCAGUUGCAGAGGAUUACCGUUUGCUAUUGGCCAGUUUUGUCACCUCAUCUUUAUUCUCCUGAUAAAUUUCCUGGAUUUAUAUUUUCUUCGCCCCUUGGAAACAAAAACAUGCAUGUAUACGGAUUUCCAAUGUUUGAAUAUCCAGGUCUCAUUAAGGUGAACUAAAAAAAAGUACCACUAUUUGCCAUUUUCUUUGUGCUGUGCCAACACAAAUAGUACUGAACAGUGUUUUGACAUAAGCUUUUGGCACGGCACUAAAACCAUACCAGAUGGAGUUUCUGUUCACACAUUAAAGAACGGUGAUUUCGGCGCUAUUUCUGUAACAGAGCGAACCUACGCCGCUCGGAUCUCUAAAGUGGUAGACUGCAAACAGUCGGUUUUUCUCAAAAUGAGUAAAGAAAUCGGUAAAGUGUGGCGUAAGAGUCUUACGCGGCGAGCCGUCUCUCCCCAGUCUCGCUCUCUGUUUUCAGCGUCGUUCCAGACCUUUUGUUUGACUGCAGGCGCGUACUUGAAUAGGCAAAAAUACGGACUGUUUUGCAGUCUACUAAAGUGGAGGGUCACAUAUUUGUUUACACUGUACCAGAUAGCCCUUCGUGUCGGCAACACUUAAGGUACGGAAAACGGGUAACAAAAAACAUGCAACUUGUUUUGCAACAUUGUUGCGCGUUUUGCGACUCUCAUCAAAUAUUUCUUGCACCAAAACAGGUUGUUGACAGGUUUGAACGUGGGUGGUAAAACGUGCAACAUCGCUUUUCAACUUGUUUUGCAACACUGCUGCAAAACAAAUUGCAUGUUUUUUGUUGCCCGUUUUUCCGUACCUUUAACUGCGCAACUACCUGGCUAUGUGCAUAAAUUACAUGUAUUUUUUAUUUUUUCCUGUAGAUCUGCCCCCACGCGGGAGUUAGUAUAGAAGAUGCUGAUAACAGAGAGGGUCCUUCAAGAGGAUUUGAUCAAAAUUACAUCGACAGUGUGGCUGAACUGAUUAAAGCUCGUUUCCCUGGGGUCAAACCUGAACCGAGUAUUACAGAGUCCUGUAUUUAUUCUGUGAGUAUAUAAAACUAUAAUCUGAACGAAUAUUUCAUGUAAAACCGAAAAUGAAUGUUGAACCUCGUUAAUGUUCUAGUGUUUUAAACGAUAGCAGAUUUAACUCACACAACUCCCUGGACGUAGUCCUGUCGUUUACGGGUAUUCCUUGGUCGGGAAAGAGUUCGUUCCGAUAAAAGUCUCGGUUUGUUGCAAAAGUUCGUGUUACUCAGGGUACAAAUGGUUUUCAGCUUGUCAACAAAACCUGGUGAAGUUAUCCUUCACAAGGAAAUCUUGCUCCUGUAAACUGGGCUUUAUGGACCCUAAAAGGACGAUGGCGAUAGCGAGAAUGGCAUAAAAUAGACUACGAGUAGUCCCCCAUUUUUCCUCAGGGAUAGUAGAGAGAGCGAAACGUGAGCGCGCGUGAAACUCCUUUUCUCGCGUGGAGUGAUUUUCACGCGUGCUCACGUUUCGCUCGCUCUACUAUCCCUGAGGAAAAAUGGGGGACUACCCGUAGUCUAGGCAUAAAAACAAUGGGCCGUUAAUUAGCAAAACCACGUUCUGCACAAGCCCGUGCUGGGUUCACUUGUCACUCUUAUCUCCGUCUUCUGUUUCUUUGGUGGGAUUCAUUUGCAGCAAAUUCCAAUGGUCAUCGCUUUGCUCUUUGGAUUUUUUGAAUUUUUUUUAAGCUCAAAAAUAUGCUUUUAUACAUUAUGCUUUUGUUUCCCCACAUUAAUUGUCCAUUUUCCCACUAAACUACUCGGUCAUUCCCCCAAAAAAAGAAAAAAGCCACGAAAAUGCUCCGAUAAUGAUAAUGUUCGAAAUACAGAGGCUUUUGCUAUUAAUUACGGUGUAUCGCUACCAAAAUGUUAUACAGUAUAACAAAAACUUUAUAAUCAAGUUUAUAACAUUUUAAUCAGUAAAAAUUAAUCCUCUAAAUCAUCUACUAACUUUUCCCUAAUCUCCGCACUUUGAAUUUCGAGUUUACUUAAGUUUGUUUUCCGUUUUCUCUGAAAAGAAUUUCCGGGGAAAAGUACUCUUAUUUUUUAUUUUCUCUGAAAAGAAUUAUUUUUUUUCUGGGAAAAAUACCACUAAAAUGCUCGAAUAAUGCUUAAUGCUUUUACAUUAUUUUUGCCUAAGAAGGCGAACAUAAUGUUCCCUUAGAAACAUUUAGACGACCAGAUGUUAACACUGCCGAGGUCAAAUUUUCUACCGUACUAACUAAAAACGUGACCUCAAUUUUGGGGUUCAAAGUUUUGAAUGGCUAGACGUCUGAAUUUUCGUACGGUUAUCAUCGUUCCGUGUGAGCGGGACACCUUACAACAACCGAUCGAAAAAUUGUCCGGUACCGACCGUUUAAACGUUGCCUCAGGCUAUGUUCACACGGCAUUCAGACGGCACGGAAAAUUCGUGCGUUUAGCUGUUCUCUUCACACGAAACUACCUUAACCGAAAAAUAACCCGUUCGAAAAUUAAGACACCUAGCGGUUUAAAGUUCCGUGUGAACAGAGCGAGAAUAUUGAACGGUCCCGUGUGAACAAAGUGUCGGGUCAAAUUUUUUAAACGGUCGAAAAUUCGUCCGUAUACUCAGUGUACUCACUGAAGAUUGUUGCCAUCCAGCAGACUAUUCAAGUCAUUCCACGAUCUUUCCUAAACGAUACUACCGUAGUUCCCUUUAGGAUAAUUUUCGGACUUUAUCUUUUCGCUGAUAGGUAACUCCAGAUCACUUAUUUGUAAUGGACAGACAUCCUGAAUACAAAAAUAUCGUCAUUGGAGCCGGGUUCUCAGGUGAGGUUAAUGCUGCAGGUCGAACUUUUCAAGUGCAACGGCGAAGCAUGCGUGCCCGUUCUCUAUUUGACGGACUAUUUGCUCUCCUCUUGAGAGAAAUACCCAUUGCCGUUCUUUCUAAACUUCCGCGGUAACUUUCUAAACGGCGCGGGGCCUAAUUUCAACAUAACUGUCUACUGAGUAGCAGGUAGCCUGUGUAACAGGCGCUCGCGGCAUUUUGCGCCGAGCGCUUGUUUCGCGCUUCGCGCAAAAUGCCACGUUCGCCUCGCGUGGCUAAUAAAGCGCCUGUUAUGCAGGCUAAGUAGCAGCCUACAAAGUGCCUUGUUUCGUUAACACUGAAUUUGAUUGACGUCCUUUUUUCUAACACCGACGGAAUUGAAAUGUUAAAUACAUAACUACAUAAAAGGUUUUAAAAAUCUCAAAAGUUGUCCCAGCUGUAGCCUGGAACCCCCGGCCUGGUGCCAGGCUCCUUGAUGUGGAAAAAGGAAAAAAAGCGGCAAGCGAACUGAGCGAGGGACUGGGAGGGAGGACAGGGCUAUUCCCCACUUCCUUUCUUCCAUUUUUUCCCUCGCCGUCUGCUCACAAUUUUAGCCCCCUUCCCCCAAAACGGAGAGCCCAAGUUAAGCUAACCUAACUGUAAGAAAAGGCGCAGGUUGCAGGGGCCGCACUUCUCUGUCACAAGAUAGUUCGAUAUCUCCCAUCCCGAAAGAGGGAGCUACGGAUGAUUAUUAUCGUGGGAACUAUCUUUAAAAAAAUUAAAGAUGCGUGACCGUUAUCUAAUUUUUCUUUCUAGGUCAUGGAUUUAAGAUGGCGCCCGUUGUGGGCAGGAUCUUGACUCAGAUGGUCCUUGGUGAGAAGGUGUCGUAUGAUGUGAUCCCUUUUAGGCUGUCACGGUUUACAAGCCCUAAAAGCUCACUGUAGAAUUUCAGUUUUAGACCACGCAGUCCUUGGGUUAUCCAUGGCAUGGUUCGCACAAGCCUUGAAAACUCCUUGAAAAUUCGAAAAUUGUUGGAUAUCCGUGAAAAGUCCUUGAAUUUUCCACAGAAGUCCUUGAAUGUUUUUGAAAGUUCCUUGAAUAAAAAUAACCUUCGUUUUAAAAAAAACAUGUUUUGCGCAAAGGAAUGAUUGAAAGCACAGCAAUACACGAAAUUUCCUUGGUGAACAUGAAAAGUCUUUUCUUAUGAUCUCGGUGUUCCUGGCAUGGUUCAUUUUCCGUUAUUUGACGUACCCUUUUAACCGUUCCUUACUAAAGGAAGGUUUUGCAAUAAGCGACCCCCCCUCCACCUGUGCAUUUUAAAAGUCUUACUUCAUGUUCUUGAAAAGUCCUUGAAAAGUCCUUGAUUUUUUCCCAAAAAAGUUCUGUAUGAACCAUGCAUGAUGGUGUAAUAUUCUGUGGUUCCUUGCAACACCGCACCAAGGUUGCCCAAUCAUGAAUUCUGGAAGGAUGCUCGCUCGAAAUUAGCAGCAUCUAUUGAAUAGGUGAUUUGACACCGACUCU